UUUCAAUUUUCAGAUUGAAGUGAAUCCCAGGUGUGGUUUACUGAUUUCCUAAUGCCUUAUGAAGCAUGGGUGCCAUUCAAGAUGAAAACGAAAACAAAAACAACACCAGCGGUAACGUAAUGCCCAAGUACGUGGAACCAGUAAUAGAGCCUGUGAAUGGCAUUGUUCAGCCUCCUGUUAUUCCACCUCCCGAUAAACCACAUAGGAAUACCAAUCAGUUACAUUUUCUGCUGAAGACAGUCAUGAAGGCAGUUUGGAAACAUCAAUUUGCCUGGCCUUUUUACCAACCGGUGGAUGCUGUGAAAUUAAAUAUUCCGGACUACCACAAGAUAAUCAAGGUUCCAAUGGAUUUGGGCACAAUAAAGAAGCGCUUAGAGAAUCACUACUACUAUUCAGCUAGUGAAUGCAUUCAGGAUUGUAAUACAAUGUUUAUGAAUUGUUAUGUCUACAAUAAGCCAGGAGAGGACGUUGUUUUGAUGGCUCAGACUCUUGAAAAACUGUUUUUGACAAAAAUUGCAGAGAUGCCAAGAGAG